GAAUAUGUUAGGUUGGAAUCGGUUUGUUAAUGAUUAAUGCCCUGUUCCAAAUGAUGUUUUGAGUCUCAAUACAGAUAAACUUAGCAUUCGCAAAAUCCCAUUCCCCUGUAAAUUGCAAAGCCAACGUGCUGCCGUUCGAUCAGAAUCUGCUGAUGCAAGAGCAUCCGAUCUGCUGUGCCUAUACAUAGGCAAAAGCAUAAGUGCCCCACAUUUUGAGGGGUCAUUCCUUAAAUAGUUUAACCACAAAAAUAAGUGCAUGGAAUAUGGAUCACUAUACAGCUUGUUUAAUUCAGAUCUCAGUGGCAAUUGCAUACAUAAUCCCCAUCUAACCUUCAAGUGCCUUGUAUCCUUUGGAGUCAUAUACUCUUGCUACUAUAACUACGGAGCCAAGGAACUAGUGAUAUACAUCUCUGUCGGAGAGGAAGGAGGGAGGGAGAGAGAGAGAUGGGGAGGAAGCCAUGCUGCCCCAAGGAGGGGCUGAACAGGGGAGCUUGGACAUCAAUGGAGGAUGACAUCCUUGUCUCCUACAUCCAGAAGCAUGGAGAGGGAAAAUGGGGAAGCCUCCCCAGAAGAGCUGGACUGAAGCGGUGUGGGAAGAGCUGCCGGCUGCGGUGGCUCAACUACCUCCGGCCGGGUAUCAAGCGAGGUAACAUCUCGGAUGAUGAAGAGGAGCUCAUCAUUAGGCUCCACAGGCUCCUAGGCAACAGGUGGUCGCUGAUCGCCGGGCGGCUGCCGGGGCGAACAGACAAUGAAAUCAAGAACUACUGGAACACGACGCUCGGCAAGAAGGUGCUCAAGAACAGCGGCGGCUUGAAAGAAGACAGCGAGGCCGCCGGCGCAUCAUCGAAACGCAGGCCAUUCUCAGAACCGACCAGAACCGUCAGCGACACUGCCGCCCAGGCUCAUGCGCGUGGGCGGCCGCCGGAGCCACCGGAGGCAAGCCUGGUCCGGAGCAAGGCGCUGCGUUGCACCAGAACUGCCAUGAUGCUGCCGGUGGCGCAGCCCACCGCCCAUGCGCGCCACGGCCGUGCGUUGGAGACAGCUGCGGGCGACGAUCACGUUAAGGCGGAGCAGACGGUCGUCGUCGUCAAGGCGCCAACUGUGGAGGUGCGACAGGAUCAUCUGCCGGAGGAUGACUUGCCGAUCGACAUCGACCUCGACCUCGACUUCGACAUGGGUGAGAUGGGUUUCCUGAGCCCGUGGCGCGGCGAGGUCGCUGACGGCAUAGAGCCAGGCGGUCAGUUCGGCGGUGGCGAGCUUGACGAUCUGGAGGCGCUGCUGCUGGGGCCCGGAGGUGACGAUGAUGUUCAUGAGUUUGCGUGGUUCUGAUGGAUCAUUGGGUUGUAUGAGCGUGUUGGUCGUCAGCUAUCAUUAGUGAAAACCCGAAGAUGGUGGCUCGAUCUCAGUUCAUUUCACCCCUUGUACAAAUUCUCCAAAAAGUUCGCCUCAGGUUCAGAAUAAAGCAGCAAAGGACCAAGUCGAACUCUGAUGGCAGUAACAUUUAUUCCCCUUGAAUCGAACAAAAACAUUUCCAUAUAAAGUGGCUAGAGCAAUUUCAUGGUAUAAACAGGUACAUUGCUACAUGUCAAAGGUUCUAAAGGUUGUUGUCUCAUUUAAGAUUUUCGCUGAUGUGAAGAAGAGAGGAAUUUGAGAAAGAUGGAUGCUUUGUGAAGCAAUUGCCUUAUGAGCGAAAAAAAUUACAACUACCAUGUUAUCUAUGUUAUUUUUAUACGGUAAUGAUAUGUAUAAGACGUCCAGACGGACGGACGCUGCUGUCCACUUGUUUUAUCUGCUUUCGAUCCACUCGUUGCCUUCUUCUCUACCUCGCGCUGCUGUCCACUCAUUUUAUUCACUACUUUCCAUCUCUCUCUCGCUGCUCCGCCUCUCUUGCCGCCCACGCCCGCACUCUACUGCGCCGCUGGCGAGCCAUCCCUCUCUCCCUUCCUCCCUUCCUCACCCCGCUACAACCUCCAUGUCUCUAUGCCACCGAAGUAGGGGCGGCGACGGUGGCUUGCAGCGAGCGGUAUGUCUACCUAUCUUCGUACUCUCUUCCUCGCUUUGCGACCUCCAUGGAUGACGGCGCGCCUCCGACGAGGUAGGUGGGGACGAUUUGGAUCUGAGGUCUCUCUUCCCCCUCCCUCCUCCUGUGGAUCUAGAUCUGAGCCCUCCUCUUCGUCUGUGGAUCUAGAUCUGAGCCCUCCUCCCUCCUCCACGUUCUUCAACUCUGCUCCUCCUCCUCCUCCUACUUCUCCUCUGGGUCUGGAUCUACGGGAUGUAGUGGUGGUUAAGGUUUCGACGAGCUUUUGGGUUUUAGCGCUCGCGCAUGUUGUAAUGGUGUUCUCUGGUUGUUGUGUACUAUGUCCAUGGUGUUUUAGUUGCUCCAUCUAAUGCUCCAAUCUCCACUGUUGUAUUAGUUGUUGCAUGUUGUUGCAACAGCUGUUCGGUGUUGUUGUAAUGCUAUGUCCAUGGUGUUUCGGUUGCUCUAUUCAAUACUUCAAUCUAUGUUAUUGUAUUAGUUGUUACAUGUUGUUGCAGCAAUCGUUCGUUGUUGUUGUAAUACUAUGUUCAUGGUGUUUCAACUGCUCCAUCCAAUACUUCAAUCUGUAUGUUGCAAUA